GCGGCCUUUGGAUGUACCCCUUAGGUUCUAGCGUUCUCGCCUCGCGAUACGACUUCCGUCACCUCAAAGGCGAACAACAUUCGCUUCAUCUUCAAAAACUAAUAAUUUUAACCUCUGGUCCGCUUCUUUCACUUUCGUUGAAAUUUCUCUAGCUUGGCGCCCUCCUCUCGCUACAUUGUAAGACAUAAUUCACCAUGGCAUUCCUCAAGGCGUUAGUUCUAGGAACAUUGGGCUUAGCACCAGAAGUGCUGGGAGCUAACCUACUCGCAUCGCACUAUACUGGCAAGAUCUUCUCGCUCGAGUUCACUGGAAGUGGCGGCAAUGGUACCUUAGUCAAUAAGUCAUCCGUGUCAGGAUGUGGAACAUUGCCUGCUUGGCUACACGUGGGCUCGGGAAUAGUAUAUUGCGUCGAUGAGGACUGGAAUGGAAGUGGUAUACUUGCCUCUUACUCUGUAGAGUCAGACGGUAGCUUGAAGCAGACUGGACAAACCGUAACCUCAGGCGCCAGCGUCCAUGGCACGCCAUAUGGUGGUAAGGAUGGCAACGGCUUCAUUGCCACAGUCGAAUAUGACCCAUCAACGUUGACGAGGUACAAGCUCCCCCUCUCUGAGGUUUCAACCGUCCUGGCGCAGUCGAAGUUUAACAUGUCCGAGCCUGGACCCAACUCGCGACAGAAUGCUCCCCACCCACACGCUGCCCAGCUUGACCCAACCGGAAAAUACCUUAUCGUGCCGGACUUGGGCGCGGACUUAAUCCGCAUCUUUAGCAUUGACGCUGAGACGGGUGACCUUACAGCGUGCGAGCCGGGCGUCGCCGGCGCAGGCGAUGGGCCACGCCACGGCGCCUGGUGGGCGCCUACCGCCGGUUCCACGGACGGUCAGAGGCUAUACACGGUGAAUGAGCUGGGUAACUCGGUAUCUGCCUGGACUGUGUCCUACCCUGACGGGGGGUGUCUAUCUCUAGAGAAGACCCAAACGCUGGCCACGUACGCCGAAGGUAGCGCCGCCCCUAACGGUUCCAAGGCUGCCGAAGUCCAGGUCUCGGGUAACUUUCUCUACGCAGCCAACCGAGCCGACGAGACGUUCGGUCCCCAAAACGACUCCCUAGUUACAUACAGCAUUGACCCUAGCUCUGGGGACAUCAAGUUCGUCGAGGCUACCCCCGCGCACGCCUGGUUCCCUCGCACAUUCUCGAUCAACAAGGCCGGUAACUUCGUCGCCGUCGGUGGACAGACGAGCAGCAACGUAGCUAUCAUCUCACGUAACCCCGAGACAGGCAAGCUAGGUGACCUCGUAGCCACCUUACCGAUUGCGACACCUGGCACUCCCCAGCAAGAAGAUGGACUGAGCGUUGUCGUGUGGGUUGAAUAGAUCGAUAACAAAAGGGGAAAGGGACUCCGAAUGCUUAGAUAAAAUGAUGUUUUAGGCUCAAGGGCUACUCGGUAGUUUAACUCUAAGCAUAUAAGACUUCAUCAGCAUCGUGUUUCCCCGUAUUGUAUAGUUGUAGAUACAGAAAAG